AAAAAGCACAAAUUGAGAUAAAAAUGAAUCACUAACCUUGAUGGUCUUCAUCAGAUGACAGUCAUAGGACUUCAUGUUACACAAUAAAUGUAUGUUUUGUUUGGUCAAGUUCAUAUUUAUAUCAAAACAAUCAUUUUACUUACUCAUUUCAUUUUUACUUUGAUCCAACAUCGGAUGAAGCAAUUCUGAGGCUAUUCAACUCCGACACCGAAGGAGAUGGCUUCAGUGGUUUCAGUGCACAGGAGGAGGAAGAUAGUGACCAAUGACUUUCUUGGAGCAUCUGUGUAUUCAGAAGUAAGGAACGUGUGCUUGCGUUGGGGUCCGGUGGAAAAGGAACAUACCGAAGAGGAUCGUUGUAGACAUGUAGUUCAUCACGUGAUCUUCAUUCAUAAUGGCCAGGAACCGACGACUGAAUCUCUUGUCCUACAAAGGCUUCCUGCAGUUUAAUGGGAGCUGUGGAAGUCUCCGUAGCAGUGGGGGCAAAGGUCUGGCACACUAAGGACAACUGUGGAGGAACACAACCACCGCCAUGGAUGACCUGGCCAAUGACUCUGCUGUGCGGCCGCUGCUGUCGGAGGCACGUCUCAUCUACGCCAUCACCGUGCCCCUGUCCACCGCCAUCAUCCUGGCCAACCUGGUCAUCAUCCUGGGCAUCUCCUGUAACCGUCAGCUCUACAACACCACAAACUACUUCUUCCUGAGCCUGCUAGUGGCUGACCUGUGUACGGGCGUGGCUCUGCCGUUCAUCCCCUGGAUGGGACUCAACCGUCCGCUGAGUUUUAGCUCCUGUCUCCUGGUUCAUAUUUUUCCUAAUUUCUUGUUCCUGGCGUUCCUGUUUAACCUGGUGAUAGUUCAUUAUGAGAGGUACAUGUGCAUCAUGAGUCCGUUACAUUAUAGUAGCUUCUGGGUUCACCGCCACUUCCCGCUGGUGCUGCUCGCCGUGUGGGCGCCGCCACUGCUCUACGCCUCCCUGCCCGCCUUCGGAUGGAACAACCGGGCCGGCCCAGGGUGGAACGGCUGCUGCUCGUUUAACGACACGGGCGCGCCGGGUGCGCCGGUGAACUGUUCCACCGUGGUGGCAGCGGUAGCGGCACCGGUCGGCUCUGAGUGCUGCUCUUACAGACGGGUCUUCCCCAACGCCUUCAUCUACCUCGAGGUGUACGGGCUGCUGGCGCCUGCCAUCCUGUCCAUCGCGGCCAUGACGGGACGUGUGCUGUGGAUCACCCGGGGCCAGAUGAAGGAUAUCUGUCGGCUGCACCGCUCUGUGGCGACCAGGGGGGGCGGUCAGGCCAUGGAACGGGAGCAGCGGCUCAACCUCCGCUACACGCGGUGUGUGGCCGCCGUGUCGCUGACCUUCCUGGUCUGCUGGGUGCCCUACAUCAUCUACAUACAUGUCUGCGUGGCGUUUCUGCUCAGCAAGGAGACGCGCGGGAACUCCACCACACACAUCGUGCUGUCGUGCACGGGGAUCGGGAGCAUGGCAGUGAUGCCGCUGGUCCUGGGGCUGGCCAACAGGCAGUACACGGACCCGGUGAGGAAACUCCUCCAUAAACUCAGAGACAGAUGGAGGAGGAGACAGGACUCUGAGGAUAUGGCUCCCUGAGUAGCCAGGACAGGGCUGCUCUCACUUUGGGGAUGGACGUGUGGGAUUAUAAAUGGGGAUUAUAGCAUAUGGAUGAUGAAGCAUCCUCUGCUCCUGGAUGAGGGCAGUGGCGCCCCGAGUCUGUGGACUCUAGCUGUAAGGGAGUCGCAGAAAGACCCCAUUUGAGGUGCAGGACUGGUAGGGUUGCCCCACCUCUCCCAUGUCUGUCAGUUUAUAGUCACAGCAUGUGUGACUCUUGCCAUUGGGGCCGUUAUGUUUAAAGCCAUCAGUAUACAUGUGUACACUACUUGGGUAGUCAUAAUAAAUUCAAAACAAUC